GGCCGCGGGGCGCCGACGACGCGGAGGAGGCGGAGCCCGGAGAGGGGUGGGGGCCGGGGAGGGCUAGGGUGGGAGGGGGUGGGGGGGUGUCCCUGUGCUCAUGGAGCCGGCCGAGCGGGCGGGAGGCGGGGAGCCCCCGGAACCGGGCGGGCGUCUCGGGCCGGGCUGUCGAGGCUUCGUGCCGCAGAAGGAGAUCGUGUACAACAAGCUGCUGCCCUACGCCGAGCGGCUGGACGCCGAGUCCGACUUGCAGCUGGCCCAGAUCAAAAGCAACCUGGGCCGGGCCGUGCAGCUCCAAGAGCUGUGGCCCGGGGGCCUCUUCUGGACCAGGAAACUCUCCACAUAUAUUCGACUUUAUGGGAGAAAAUUUAGCAAAGAAGAUCAUGUUCUUUUUAUUAAGUUAUUGUAUGAGCUGGUAUCAAUUCCAAAACUGGAAAUCAGCAUGAUGCAGGGAUUUGCCCGUCUCUUGAUCAAUUUGUUGAAGAAAAAGGAACUUCUUUCAAGAGAUGACUUGGAGUUACCAUGGAGACCACUUUAUGACAUGGUGGAAAGAAUAUUAUAUUCCAAGACAGAGCACCUGGGAUUAAAUUGGUUUCCUAAAAACAUUGUUCCCUUCAUCUUGAGAGAUUACAAGAAUCACAAAAGGUCACUAUACAGAUAUCACAGUUCUGUAGAAAAUGUUCUCAAAACACUCGUGAAAAGCUGUCGACCAUAUUUUCCAGCGGAUGCCACAGCUGAGAUGCUAGAAGAAUGGCGGCCUUUAAUGUGCCCCUUUGAUGUAACAAUGCAAAAGGCCAUCACUUAUUUUGAAAUAUUUCUUCCUACCUCCCUUCCUCCAGAACUUCAUCAUAAAGGUUUUAAACUUUGGUUUGAUGAAUUAAUUGGCCUUUGGGUUUCAGUGCAAAAUCUCCCACAGUGGGAGGGGCAACUAGUAAAUCUCUUUGCUCGGUUGGCCACAGAUAAUAUAGGGUACAUAGAUUGGGAUCCAUAUGUACCAAAGAUAUUUACAAGAAUUCUGAGAAGCUUGAACCUUCCAGUGGGAAGCAGCCAGGUGUUAGUUCCAAGAUUUUUAACAAAUGCUUACGAUAUAGGACAUGCUGUGAUAUGGAUUACUGCUAUGAUGGGUGGACCAAGUAAGCUAGUGCAAAAACACUUAGCUGGUUUGUUUAACAGCAUCACAUCUUUUUACCAUCCUUCAAAUAAUGGGCGUUGGCUGAACAAGUUAAUGAAACUACUUCAGCGGUUGCCAAACAGUGUUGUUAGAAGAUUGCAUCGUGAAAGAUACAAGAAGCCCUCUUGGUUGACUCCUGUGCCUGAUAGCCAUAAGCUCACUGAUCAAGAUGUUACAGACUUUGUACAAUGCAUUAUUCAGCCUGUCCUCUUGGCUAUGUUUAGCAAAACUGGUAGUCUAGAAGCAGCCCAGGCUUUGCAGAAUCUUGCACUCAUGAGACCUGAGUUAGUAAUACCCCCUGUACUUGAAAGAACAUACCCUGCACUAGAGACAUUAACAGAACCUCACCAGCUCACAGCUACUUUAAGUUGUGUAAUUGGAGUAGCCCGCAGCUUGGUAUCAGGGGGCAGGUGGUUUCCUGAAGGUCCAACACACAUGCUACCUCUGUUGAUGAGAGCAUUGCCUGGGGUGGAUCCAAAUGACUUUAGUAAAUGCAUGAUCACAUUCCAGUUUAUAGCAACAUUUUCUACUCUGGUGCCUUUAGUGGAUUGUUCAUCUGUACUACAAGAAAGAAAUGACCUCACAGAAGUAGAACGAGAACUUUGUUCAGCCACAGCUGAAUUUGAGGAUUUCGUCUUACAGUUUAUGGACAGAUGCUUUGGACUUAUAGAAAGUAGCACAUUGGAGCAAACAAGAGAAGAAACAGAAACUGAAAAAAUGACUCACUUGGAGAGUUUGGUCGAAUUAGGUCUGUCUUCUACAUUUAGUACAAUCCUCACACAAUGUUCCAAAGAAAUAUUUAUGGUAGCCCUUCAGAAGGUUUUUAAUUUUUCUAUUUCACAUAUAUUUGAAACAAGAGUAGCAGGCCGCAUGGUUGCAGACAUGUGCCGUGCUGCUGUAAAGUGCUGCCCAGAAGAAGCUCUGAAGCUUUUUGUACCACACUGCUGCAGUGUUAUAACUCAGCUAACAACAAAUGAUGAUGUAUUGAAUGAAGAAGAGUUAGAUAAGGAGUUACUAUGGAAUCUUCAACUUUUGUCUGAGAUUACUCGAGUAGAUGGGAAGAAGUUGCUUCUUUAUAGGGAGCAGCUUGUAAAGAUUCUCCAAAGAACCCUACAUUUAACCUGUAAGCAGGGUUACACUCUGUCUUGUAACCUUUUGCAUCAUCUUCUUCGUUCUACUACACUUAUCUACCCUACAGAAUACUGCAGUGUGCCAGGAGGCUUUGACAAGCCUCCCUCUGAAUACUUUCCUAUCAAGGACUGGGGUAAACCUGGGGACUUGUGGAAUCUUGGAAUUCAGUGGCAUGUUCCUUCAGAAGAAGAAGUGUCUUUCGCCUUCUAUGUGUUGGACUCUUUUCUUCAGCCUGAGCUCACGAAACUCCAACAUUGUGGGGAUGGAGAACUUGAAAUGUCUAGAGAUGAUAUUCUACAGAGUUUGACCAUAGUGCACAACUGUUUAAUUGGCUCAGGAAACCUCCUACCUCCGUUGAAAGGAGAGCCAGUUACCAACUUGGUACCAAGUAUGGUGUCCUUGGAAGAGACAAAGUUGUAUACUGGGCUUGAAUAUGAUCUAUCUAGAGAGAACCAUCGAGAAGCAAUUGCUAGGGUCAUAAGGAAACUUCUUAACCACAUACUUGUUAAUUCAGAAGAUGAUACAAAGUCAUUGUUUCUUAUCAUAAAGAUUAUUGGAGACCUUUUGCAAUUCCAAGGAUCUCACAAGCAUGAAUUUGACUCCCGAUGGAAAAGUUUUAACUUAGUAAAGAAAUCAAUGGAAAAUCGGCUCCAUGGGAAAAAACAACAUAUCAGAGCACUGUUGAUUGACAGAGUAAUGUUGCAACAUGAGUUAAGAACACUAACUGUCGAGGGUUGUGAAUAUAAAAAGAUACAUCAAGAUAUGAUUAGAGACCUUCUUCGUUUAUCCACAAGUUCCUACAGUCAGGUCAGAAAUAAGGCUCAGCAAACAUUUUUUGCUGCCCUGGGAGCAUAUAACUUCUGUUGCAGAGAUAUCAUCCCCUUAGUUUUGGAAUUCUUACGGCCUGAUAGAAAAGAUGUUACGCAACAACAGUUCAAGGGUGCAUUAUAUUGUCUCCUUGGAAAUCACAGUGGUGUGUGCCUGGCAAAUCUUCAUGACUGGGACUGUAUUGUACAGACAUGGCCAGCAAUUGUUUCUUCAGGGCUUAGCCAAGCAAUGUCACUAGAAAAGCCAUCAAUAGUGAGACUGUUUGAUGAUCUUGCAGAAAAGAUUCAUCGGCAAUAUGAAACAAUCGGCUUGGACUUCAAAAUUCCAGAGUCAUGUGUUGAAAUAGCAGAAUUACUUCAGCAAUCAAAAAACCCCUCUGUCAACGAGACAUUGCUUAGUCCAGAGAAAAUUAAAGAAGGACUUAAACGCCAGCAAGAGAAGAAUGCUGAUGCCCUAAGGAACUAUGAAAAUUUGGUAAACACUUUGCUAGAUGGUGUGGAGCAGAGAAAUCUGCCCUGGAAAUUCGAACACAUAGGCAUUGGACUUCUGUCUCUGCUCUUAAGAGAUGACCGAGUGUUGCCUCUUCGUGCCAUACGGUUUUUUGUUGAGAAUCUCAACCAUGAUGCAAUCGUAGUUCGAAAGAUGGCUAUCUCAGCUGUUGCUGGGAUUCUCAAACAGCUAAAAAGAACCCAUAAAAAGCUGACUAUCAAUCCUUAUGAAAUCAGUGGAUAUCCCAGACCUGCCCAAAUUCUUGCUGGUGAUAGGCCAGAUAAUCAUUGGUUGCAUUAUAAUAGCAAAAGUAUACCAAGGACUAAAAAAGAAUGGGAGUCAAGUUGCUUUGUGGAAAAAACUCACUGGGGGUACUACACCUGGCCAAAGAAUAUGGUUGUUUAUGCUGGUGUGGAAGAGCAGCCUAAGCUUGGCAGAAGCAGGGAGGAUAUGACAGAGGCAGAACAGAUUAUAUUUGAUCACUUUUCUGAUCCUAAAUUUGUUGAACAGUUAAUUACUUUUCUAUCUUUAGAAGACAGAAAGGGAAAAGAUAAGUUUAAUCCUCGACGUUUUUGCCUCUUUAAGGGUUUAUUCCGAAAUUUUGAUGAUGCCUUUCUGCCAGUUCUGAAGCCCCAUUUAGAACGUUUGGUUGCCGAUUCACAUGAAAGUACCCAGCGAUGCGUUGCAGAAAUUAUAGCUGGUUUAAUCAGAGGUUCUAAGCAUUGGACAUUUGAAAAGGUGGAGAAGCUUUGGGAGCUUUUGUGCCCUCUGCUUAGAACAGCAUUGUCCAAUAUCACAGUGGAAACUUACAAUGACUGGGGAACUUGUAUAGCAACAUCCUGUGAAAGCAGAGAUCCCCGGAAGCUUCACUGGCUUUUUGAGUUGCUCUUGGAAUCACCAUUGAGCGGUGAAGGAGGAUCCUUUGUAGAUGCAUGUCGACUUUAUGUCCUACAAGGUGGCCUUGCCCAGCAGGAAUGGAGAGUACCUGAGCUAUUGCACAGACUACUGAAGUACUUGGAACCCAAACUCACCCAGGUUUACAAAAAUGUCAGGGAAAGAAUAGGGAGUGUGCUGACCUACAUAUUCAUGAUAGAUGUGUCUUUGCCAAAUACUGCGCCAACAACAUCCCCUUGUGUCCCUGAGUUUACUGCUCGAAUUCUUGACAAAUUGAAACCUCUCAUGGAUGUGGAUGAAGAAAUUCAGAAUCAUGUCCUGGAAGAAAAUGGAAUUGGUGAAGAAGAUGAACGAACUCAGGGCAUUAAACUCUUAAAAACCAUAUUGAAAUGGCUGAUGGCAAGUGCUGGACGAUCAUUCUCUACAGCUGUCACAGAGCAACUUCAGCUUCUACCUUUGUUUUUUAAGAUUGCUCCAGUAGAAAAUGACAAUAGCUAUGAUGAGCUGAAGAGAGAUGCAAAGUUAUGUUUAUCACUAAUGUCUCAGGGGUUGCUUUACCCUCAUCAAGUGCCUUUGGUACUUCAGGUGCUAAAACAAACAGCAAGGAGCAGUUCGUGGCAUGCAAGAUACACAGUACUGACCUACCUCCAGACCAUGGUAUUUUAUAACCUCUUUAUUUUCCUAAACAAUGAAGAUGCAGUUAAAGACAUCAGGUGGCUGAUUAUAAGUCUUUUGGAGGAUGAACAACUAGAGGUUCGGGAAAUGGCCGCUACCACCUUAAGUGGUCUGUUACAGUGUAAUUUCCUUACCAUGGACAGUCCUAUGCAGAUUCAUUUUGAGCAACUUUGCAAAACAAAACUACCUAAGAAAAGAAAGCGAGACCCUGGUUCUGUAGGAGAUACCAUCCCUUCUGCAGAGUUGGUCAAACGCCAUGCCGGGGUGUUAGGACUUGGUGCAUGUGUUCUUUCCAGUCCUUAUAAUGUUCCCACCUGGAUGCCCCAGCUGCUUAUGAAUCUCAGUGCACAUCUGAAUGACCCUCAGCCUAUUGAGAUGACUGUAAAAAAGACCUUAUCCAAUUUCCGAAGGACACACCAUGACAACUGGCAAGAACACAAACAGCAGUUCACUGAUGACCAGCUGCUAGUUCUCACUGAUCUCCUUGUGUCACCAUGCUAUUAUGCGUAGAAGGAUGACUAGUCCUCACUUCAGGCUCUUCUCAUCAAAAAUUCCAGAUCCUCAGGUACCAUCUGUGGUGGCUCUCAGCAGGCUUGAAAACUCUGCCUCUUUUGAGCUCUCAUCAUUUUGGUGGUUUCUGUGUUUGGUCUCACUAGUCUGCGUUCCACAGGUUCUCAGCUGCCAUUUUAUUUCCUAAUUUGUCUGGAAGUGUUUCCAGAAUAUUGAUCACUUUUCCUUUGAGGCAUCAAAGUCACAAAGUUUCAGACUAGAAAUUAUUACUCAGUAUGAUCAUGGCGUCCAAAACCAAACAAAAUCUAAGAGCUCAUGAAGAAACAGUUGAUUGGAAUGGAGACUAUCCAUCAGUAGUACAGGUCCUGUCAUUUCAUUCAUCUCAAAUGAUUUUGAAUUCUUCCCAAACAGAUGUUAGGUGUAGAUGGUAGUAGGGCUAUGGGCCAUAAAUCUGAAGCCUUGGGUCUGGAGAACCAUGAAGAGAGAAGGAAAAGAGGACAAGUCUUGAACCUAACUAGUGGAUACCUGACAGAUUGCUUGACUAAGGCACAGGAGUGAAGUCUGUGUCUGCGCACUUCCCACAGACUGGAGUUUUUGGUGCUGAAUAGAGCCAGUUGCUAAAAACUGGGGGUUUGGUGAAUACAUUUUUGAUUGAGUGUUCUGUGUGUAUACAAUGUGUGAUUUUGAAAAUAAACAGCAACAACAAUGAAAACCCUGACUGGUUGAUUUUUACCUAUAUUCUUUCUAAAUACUGUUUGAACCCUCUUUGAAAACUGUUGUACUUCACGUAAAUGGAAGACUGCUGUGUUGUGGAAAUUCUGUAAUUUUUUUUUCUUUCUGUCUGUUUCUUUUGCUUGCAGAAUCGCUGAGAGACUAAUAAGGCUUGAUAUUUAAUUGACUGGUUUAAUAUAUGUUACAUAGAUGUAAAAGAUUGUAUAAACUGUAGAGAUAGCAUUGGCAAGACUUUGUACAGAUGGAACAAACCUUUUACACAACACAUUGUAAUUAAUUUGUAAAGAUUCACAUGUAGUUCUUAUAGUGAUUUUUGAGCUUUUGUACCCACUGAAUGCCUUUUUUUGUGUUUUUAAAUUAUUUUCUUUAUCUUUUCAUGUUACAGAAGCUUAAGUGUGGGGGUUUUGGUUUUGGUUUUUUUUAAAUUCAUUUAUCAUUAGAAUGUCUGAAUUUUUAUGUAACUUGUGUGUGCAUCUCUAAAUGCUAACACCACAUGUUUGCCUAUGACAAGUUAAUUGAGUGCAAGGUAUCUUCUAGAUUGAAGUAAUUCACAAGUUGGGGAUUGUCAUCUUGCAACACAACCUGUACAGUCUUCCUUAAAGGAACACUACAGUAUAUUUUUUAGUAUCUACUUGCUAAAUGACUCAAUACAGAUCUAAGCACAGCAGUGGUUCUGGUACAGUAUUUAAGUGUCAGCAUACACAGGCAUAAUCCCUGUAUAGAGUAGUGCCAAACUGAUUAUUUCAAUUGUGUAACUAGUUUAAAACCUAAUAAAUGGAUUGUUUUUAA